AUGGCCAGCCCUCAGAUGUCGCGGGUUUUGAUGUCUUUGGCAUUCCACAGAAAGCGUUGUGGCCAUGACUCGGAGAUUGACACUGCGACAGAGAACUCAGACAACUCAGGGAAGAUGCAGCCAACUAGUGCACCUUCGGUGGAAAAGAUGCCUUUGCCGGGCUUUGUAAAGCGGGAGCUUCACAAGCAGGGCAGAUGUGAACCUUGUGUCUACAACAACAAAGGAACGGGGUGCUGGUAUGGCGAUGAGUGUCGCUACUGCCAUUUUUGCACUCCAGAACAAGUGCGAAAGAAUCAGAGUCGAAGAUUCUACAUGGAAAGGGCUCUCCGAAAGGAGAAGAAGUUUGACCAAGGACAAGGAGCAGCUUCAUGCAUGGAUGACAAGACAUUGAAAGCAAUUCAGUACUGCGGCUAUGAAGAAGAACAUGAUCUCUGA